GUGUUAGUUCUCCAUAAUACUAGAUUGUUAAGAACUUGAUGGUAUAUUAUAGUGCAGGCAAAAAUCAGCUCGGCAUUUUACUGCUAUAGAAAUUAUUGUCCCUCAUUUAUUGUACCAUGGUAUAGUUUUCUAUCAGGUAAAGAGUUUGACUAUAGUUUCCUUGACUUUAACAAACGCCACUGUCUAUGAGCAAGAGCCACAUUUGCAAUAUUAUUGAGAAAACCUUUGUUUCCUGGGCAGGUUUCUCUGGCUCUCAAAUGAGGGUUGCAUUCAAAUUAAUUUUUGCUUUGCUGCAUUCAUGGUUUCCUGCACCUGUUAAACAGGAAACCGCUUUCAAUGCGUUAACAGUUAGAUAAUCAUUGUCUAGUGUGCAAAGUAUUCGACUGAGUGGAUUGAAAAUGCUUCUUCUUCUGGGUUUUUGUAUUAUUGCAGGGGUUACAGCAAAAGACGCACCGACGAUGCACUACAGGUUGAAGAACAGCUCAUUAUGUCUACUCGUUGCUGAAACGCCACCAUAUCAUAGCGCCACAUGGAAAUUUCAUGAUAGGGUCAUUAUCUUUUCUAAUCAAACCACACCCAUCUACAGAGACAAAGUGGAUUACAAUCCAAAGAACAGCUCGUUGUGUAUCCACAAACUCACAGACACAGAUAGUGGCAUCUAUACAUUUUCAUUCAUUAAUUCUCAAUAUCACGCAUCAACUGAGACCCACAGACUAAUUGUUGAAGAAACUGUUCCUAGACCCAUCAUCAGAAUGUCAGGGCUGCACUCCAACCUGUCUGCUGAAUUGUGUAACGGCACAGUCAACUGCUCCAUCCAGGACGAUUGGAUGUUUUCUGUUUGUGAUAAAGACGGCUGCAGAACAUCUCAGAGAUCACUCAGAAGGCUCAACAUCACCAUCACCAUUGGCAACAAAUCUAUUAUCUGCAGAGGCAACAACUACGUCAGCACAAACAAAGUUUCCGAAAGCACAGAGGCAACGUGCUUAGGAAAACGUAACCCAGAACAACCCACUGCCAUAAUAAUUGUAAUAGUUGUUGCAGUGUGUGUGUCCCUCGGUACAUUUGCUGGUUUUGUGGCUAAGGGGCUCUCUUCAUCACAAUAUAAUCACAAUCAUCAGGCGGGGGUGUCUAGUGCUCGGAUAGUACAGAGCCAACCUGUGGAGGCACUGUCACAGUCCCUGCCCAGAGUCUGUACCUCCUCCUCCACCAGUCAAGCAGAGGCCUGUUAUGAAAACGUGGGCGCCACAGAGCCCUGCCGCACCAGCAGCCCGACCGUCAGCCCAAGAGAGGAGUUAGGGUCCAAGCAAAGUCAGCAAAUAGACACUGUUUACAGCUUUUUACAGGUACAGAAAGCGACUUCCUCUUUAGGUAAGAGUGAUGACAGUGAAGGACACAAGGAGGUUCAAGAGGCCUCGGCGUCAGAGUGUGUCGGCCAGAAUGAGGCGGAGCACCCUGCACAAAUUGACACGGUGUACAGUGUGUUGCAAAAGCCACAAAAAAAGCCACAGCACCACCAAUAG